GGGGAAGAGAGCUGCAGGAGAGGACGCGACCGAUCGCAAUUCGUCUAAACAGGCAGUAAAGAGCUGAGAGGAUGGCUCACUCUAAAGCUCGAGCUGCAGACGGGAAGGUGACCUAUCCGCCAGGGGUCAAGGAGAUCUCAGACAAGAUCUCCAAAGAGGAGAUGGUCCGCAGGCUCAAGAUGGUAGUGAAGACAUUUAUGGACAUGGACCAGGACUCUGAAGAGGAAAAGGAGCUAUACCUGAACCUGGCCCUCCAUCUGGCCUCAGACUUCUUCCUCAAACACCCAGACAAGGAUGUGCGUCUGCUGGUGGCCUGCUGUCUGGCAGACAUAUUCAGGAUCUACGCCCCUGAGGCACCCUACACCUCUCCAGAUAAGCUCAAGGACAUCUUCAUGUUCAUCACCAGACAGCUCAAAGGACUGGAGGACACCAAAAGUGCUCAGUUCAACAGAUACUUCUACCUGCUUGAGAACAUCGCGUGGGUGAAGUCCUACAAUAUUUGCUUCGAGCUCGAGGACAGCAACGAGAUUUUCACCCAGCUUUACAGAACAUUGUUUCAAGUCAUCAACAAUGGCCACAACCAGAAAGUGCACAUGCACAUGGUGGACCUUAUGAGCUCCAUCAUCUGUGAGGGAGAUACUGUGUCCCAGGAGCUCCUAGACACCGUGCUGGUCAACUUGGUACCCGCACACAAGAAUUUAAACAAGCAGGCGUAUGACUUGGCUAAAGCUCUGCUGAAGAGGACUGCCCAGGCAAUUGAACCCUACAUCACCAAUUUUUUCAAUCAGGUGCUGAUGCUGGGGAAGACGUCGGUCAGCGACCUGUCAGAGCACGUCUUCGACCUCAUCCUGGAGCUGUACAACAUAGACAGCCACCUGCUACUCUCAGUCCUGCCACAACUUGAGUUCAAACUGAAGAGUAAUGAUAAUGAUGAGAGGCUGCAGGUGGUGAAGCUGCUGGCGAAGAUGUUUGGAGCCAAGGACUCUGAGUUGGCUGCACAGAACAAACCGCUCUGGCAGUGUUACCUGGGCAGGUUUAAUGACAUCCACGUUCCCAUCAGACUGGAGUGUGUGAAGUUUGCCAGCCACUGUCUAAUGAACCACCCAGACCUGGCCAAAGACCUCACAGAAUACCUGAAGGUCAGGUCACAUGAUCCAGAGGAGGCCAUUCGCCAUGAUGUCAUUGUCUCCAUAGUAACUGCUGCCAAGAAAGACCUGGCCUUGGUCAAUGAUGCACUGCUCAAUUUUGUGAAGGAGAGGACCUUGGAUAAGAGAUGGCGUGUACGAAAGGAGGCCAUGAUGGGCCUGGCUUCAAUCUACAGGAAGUACUCCCUGCAGGGGGAGGGAGGGCGGGAGGCAUCAAAACAGAUUUCCUGGAUCAAAGACAAGCUGCUUCAUAUCUACUACCAGAACAGUAUUGAUGACAGGUUGCUGGUGGAACGGAUCUUUGCCCAGUACAUGGUCCCUCACAAUCUGGAAACCACAGAGAGGAUGAAGUGUCUUUAUUACCUGUAUGCUACCCUGGACCCCAACGCUGUCAAGGCCUUGAAUGAGAUGUGGAAAUGCCAAAAUAUGCUGAGACACAAUGUGAAAGAUCUGCUAGACCUGGUCAAACAGCCCAAGUCUGAGGCAUCCAGCAAGGCUGUGUUUGCCAAGGUCAUGGUGAUCACAAGGAACUUGCCAGACCCAGGCAAGGCCCAGGACUUUGUGAAGAAGCUAGCCCAGGUGUUGGAUGAUGAUGAGCGGAUCAGAGACCAGCUAGAGACCCUUGUUAGCCCCUCCUGCUCCUGCAAACAGGCUGAAGUCUGUGUGAGAGACAUCACUAAGAAGCUCGGCAGUCCCAAACAGCCCAGCAAUCCAUUCCUGGAAAUGGUGAAGUUCCUGUUAGAGAGAAUCGCCCCCGUACACAUUGACACAGAGUCCAUCAGCGCCCUCAUAAAGCAAGUGAACAAGUCAAUAGACGGUACAGCAGAUGAUGAGGAGGAAGGAGUACCCACCGAGGAGGCUAUCAGAGCAGGGCUGGAACUACUCAAAGUGCUGUCGUUCACCCACCCGGUUUCAUUCCACUCGGCGGAGACCUUUGAGUCUCUGCUGGGCUGUCUAAAAAUGGAUGAUGAGAAGGUGGCUGAGGCUGCACUACAGAUCUUCAAGAACACAGGAAGCAAGAUGGAGGAGAGCUUCCCUCACAUCAAAUCUGUCCUACUGCCAGUACUGCAGGCCAAAGCUAAAAGAGGCCCCCCUCGGCAGGCCAAGUAUGCUAUCCACUGCAUCCAUGCCAUGUUCAGCAACAGAGAUACACACUUUGCCCAGAUCUUUGAGCCCUUGCACAAGAGCCUGGACCCUGCUAACUUGGAGCAGCUAAUCACCCCUCUGACCACCCUGGGGCACCUGGCUCUCCUGGCCCCAGAGCAGUUUGCUGCUCCGCUCAAAUCUUUGGUGGCCAACUUCAUAGUCAAGGACCUCCUCAUGAAUGACAGGAUCCCCGGUAAGAAGACCACCAAACUUUGGGUUCCGGAUGAGGAGGUGUCCCCAGAGACUCUGGCCAAGAUCCAGGGCAUUAAACUGAUGGUGAGGUGGCUGCUAGGAGUGAAGAACAACCAGAGUAAAUCAGGCAACUCCACCCUGAGGAUGCUGACCGCCAUACUACACAGUGAUGGAGACCUGACUGAGCAGGGCAAGAUGGGUAAGCCAGACAUGUCGAGGCUGAGGCUGGCAGCGGCGUGUGCCCUGCUGAAGCUGGCCCAGGAGCCCUGCUACCACGAGAUCAUCACGCUGGAACAGUACCAGCUCUGUGCCCUUGUCAUCAAUGAUGAGUGCUACCAGGUGCGCCAAUGCUUUGCCCAGAAGCUCCACAGGGGCCUGUGCCGCCUGCGGCUGCCGCUGGAGUACCUGGCUGUGUUUGCCCUGUGUGCCAAGGACCCGGUCAAGGAAAGGAGGGCUCAUGCGCGUCAGUGCCUGGUGAAAAACGUCAAUAUACGGCGGGAGUACCUCAAACAGCAUGCAGCUGUCAGCGAAAAGUUGUUUUCCCUCCUGCCGGAGUAUGUGGUGCCCUACACCAUCCACCUGCUGGUCCACGACCCAGACUACGUCAAAGUGCAAGACAUUGAGCAGCUAAAAGAAAUUAAAGAGUCUCUAUGGUUUGUGCUUGAGAUCAUCAUGGCCAAAAAUGAGAACAACAGUCAUGCUUUCAUUCGGAAGAUGGUGGAGAAUAUCAAACAGACGAAAGAUGCCCAGGCCCCGAAUGACACCAAGAUCAACGAGAAACUCUACACAGUGUGUGACGUUGCCAUGAACAUUAUCAUGUCCAAGAGCACCACCUACAGCCUGGAGUCCCCCAAAGAUCCCGUCCUGCCCUCGCGUUACUUCACCAAACCCGACAAGAAUUUCAGUAACACAAAGAACUAUCUCCCACCAGAGAUGAAGGCAUUCUUCACUCCAGGAAAGCCCAAGGCAGCUAACGUACUGGGAGCUGUGAACAAGCCGCUCUCCUCAGCGGGGAAGCAGCUCCAGAGUAAAGCCUCUCGUAUGGAGACAGCCAGCAAUGACGACUCCACCUCCAACCCCAGCUCUCCACAACGCAGCAAGACCAGGCUUGACAGUACAGAGAUGGACCACAGUGAAAACGAGGACAUCAGCCUAAAGAGAGGGGACAACGCAGACAAGGAUGGGGAAAAGCCUCGUGGUCGCAAACGAGGUGUGGCCUCUAGUGACGACCAGGACAGCAAGCCAAAGCGUGGGCGCAAGAAGGCGGCAGCCAAUACAACGGCGACGGCAGAGACCGAGGACCAGUGGAACGAGGACAACAAGCCGGAGGACGAGCAGAACAGCCCACCCAAAAAAGGACGCAGGGGCCGGCCUCCGAAGACGGCGACACCCAGCCAGGACACACCCACCAAAGGAAAGAGGGGAAGGAAAAGGGCAGCUCCACCCCCAGAAGAGGAAGAGGAAGAGGAGCGAGGGGAGGAGGAAGCAGAGGAGGAAGAGGAAGAUGACGGGAGCAGUGAAAACCUGGAAGUGAAGGCCCGGGGGGGAAGGCAAGCACGGGCGCCACGCCGAUCGCAGCAAAGCUCAGAGUCAGCAGAGUCCACACCACAGAAGAGGAGAGGACGUCCACCCAAGUCAGCCCAGCCACCUGCCAAGAAACCAGUGCGCGGUGGUCGAUCAAAGGCAGCUGCUGCUAAAGACGAAUCUGAGGAGGAAGAGGAGGAAGAUGAAGAAGGGGAAGAGCAGGAGGAGGAGCCAACGCCCAAGGGACGCAAGAAGGCAGCAGGGAGAAGAAGAUGAGCGCGAGCGGGCGGGAACGUGGUUGAGGAAGGGGGAAAGCCUGUCUGCUCGGUUCAGUGACAGAGCGGAACGAUGUAGGAAAGAAACAUGGACAUGGAACUUUUAAACUUUUCAUACGCCGACGCUCCUACUGUUACAGAAACUCUGACACUUGCGCAUACCACACGCACACUACGUCAGUAUAUCCGUUUUCAUCAGCUGUGGGUUGUUGCGAUUGUGUUGCAUUGUGAUGAUAUUCGCCACAUAAGUAGAAACUUUGAGGGAAAAAAAAAAGAGGAAAAAAAAAAGAUCACCUUUGUAAAUAGUCUCUUAUGUCUGUUUCCUGUUUUGUUGUGUUGUUCGAGCCUGACUGGGGGGAUGUUGUCAAGCCUUCGCCCACUGAUAUUAAAGUGGUUCCUUAAAGCAAUAGUGCUUACCCAUCUUCCCUGUGUCCACUUCUAAACUGAAAGAGAUUAACCAUUUACCUUGUUUUUUUGUGACGUCAGUUGUGUCAAUUUUCUUAUAGGGGAAAGUCCAUUUCAUCCAUUUUUGUUUACAGCAGUGUAUAUUAACACUUUUUUUACCAUUUUAUGAAAUAUAAAAAAAAAUGUCAUGAACUGUCCACAUGUAGAGUUGCUUAUGAAGAAACAUAGUGUGCGUUCCAUUCUUAGGUUUGUGAUUACUUGUAGACUGGAAGACAACAGCUGCUCAUGAGUUCAGUGUUUGCCACUGCCGAUUAACAUGGCUUCACAUCCACCCAGUCAGAACCUCCGUCUGUUGUAUCAAUACAGUUCUCU